AUGGCGAAUAUGGGGGAGAAGCUCCUGGUGCUGUUGACCUUCCUCUUCAGCCUGGUGAUCAAUGGUUUGGCGGCGAGCGGUUCCCUUUCCGCCCUCACCAUCGCCGAAGUGUCCGACAAGUACCCGACCUAUGUCACACCGGACAGGUUGACCUUCGCCGUCUGGGGGGUGAUCUACCUGCUCGAGCUGUUGCUCGUAGUAGCUCAGUUUGGCACCAGUGAGCGUACAGAGAAGGCUUUGUCUAAACCAGGUUGCCUGACAACCCUCCCGGUUCGUUGGCGCUUGAUCAUGGCCUUCUUGCUUAAUGCGCUUUGGCUGCCGCUCUACACCAACUUGCAGUUUGGGAAGGCGCUGCUGGUCAUCAUUCUCUACUUGAUACUCCUUAUCUCGAUCUACAUCGACGUCAACACGGUUUCGUUGCAGUCAUUUUGGGAGUGGGUCGUGUACGGCUCGGGCAUUGCCUGCAAUCUCAGCUGGGUGAUCGUGGCAACCCUAGCCAACAAGUUCAAUCUGGCGGCAAGCUAUGGCGUUGGCAUUGAUCAGUAUGGAGUUGCCGGGACGCCCCAUCUUGCGAUUUUGUUGGUUGCCCUCCUCGCUGCCAAAGCCAUCGUGAUGGGCACCGUGCGGAGCGACCUUGCUUGGUCCUUGGUGGCGGUUUGGUUCCUCGCCGGCCUCUAUCGCCAGCACACCUACCCCAGCAACUUCCCUCAGGAGGCCAUGAGCCGGACCCUGGCUUUGGUCUGCCUCUGGUCCGGCUGUGUCGUCAGCUUGGCCACGGUGUGCGGGCUGUUCAUGAGCUCCUCCAACGGCGCGUUCCGUCCGAACGAUGGGGCGGCAGAAUGA